CGAGGCAGGCAGGCAGGCUGGCGGUCACGUGACGGUCACGUGACGCUGGUGGGCGCCGCGCGCCGCCGCCGCCGCUACUGCUGCUUUGUGAGCACAUUGGGCAGAUUUUCUAUUUUGUACAUACAUUGUUUUGUAUAUACUGUAUAUGAUGACUUCGGUGGGCAGUGAACGUACCCGGGGCACUCGGGACAAAACGCAAAUUUCAACCACACAGCCAACACAACCACAGAAACAAGUAGUACAGGCAACAGCAGAACAGAUUCGCCUUGCUCAGAUGAUCUAUGAUAAGAACGACGCAGAUUUUGAAGAUAAAGUGAAACAACUUAUGGAAGUGACGGGGAAAAACCAAGAUGAGUGCAUAGUGGCACUACAUGAUUGUAAUGGGGAUGUGAACAGAGCAAUCAACAUACUGCUGGAAGGAAAUUCAGACACGACUUCUUGGGAGACUGUAGGGGGAAAGAAGAAAAGCCUUGGAAAGGAAAGUUCAGGAAACAAAGAGAACAGAGAAAAACGAGGGGACAGAGAAGUGGUCAGCGGAUGGGGAAGUUCCAACAGACGGGGAAGAGGAGGCAGCCGCGGCCGAGAGUUUAGAGCUGAAGAGAAUGGAGUGGACAACAAUCAAGGAGACAGGCCUUCAGACCGUGGGAAACGUGGCCGUGGGAGAGGGUUUGGACGUGGCAGAGGGAGAGGAGCGGGGAGGUUUUCAGCCCAAGGCAUGGGGACAUUUAACCCUGCAGACUAUACGGAGUCUUCUGCCACUGAUGGCUUUGGGACAAAAUCAGAGAUUUGGGAGACUGGUCAGAAUGAUGCAGAUGAUGGAACUGGAGCAUGGAAAAACUCUAUAGAAGAAUGGACAGCAGAAGACUGGAAUGAAGAUCUUUCUGAAACAAAAGUCUUCACUGCUUCCUCUGUUCCAGCUGAGAAUCAUGUUACUCCAUCACAACCUAAUCAUGUUUAUUCCAGCCAAACUUUUGCUUUUUCUUACAGCAUUGAUUUGGUAACACUGCUUCAAAAGCCAGUGACUUCGACUCAAGAGACAGAAGGCAACUCAUUUGAGGGUCCUCAGCAGCAGACCUUUGGCCAAGCCCUAGUCUUCACAAAUUCUCAGCACAGCACCCAGAUGGCAUCAGGAACUGGCAGCUCCAGUGUUGUAAACUCUUAUUCUCCUCAAAGUCUGUCUGCAGUUCUUUGUUCUGGCUUUGGAGAACUGGGAUCCUCUAAAUUGUCAAACUCUACUGGAUCCCAAAUCUUGGACCAGUUUAAAUCUCCAGGAUUGGGUCAGUUUACCUCUCAACAAAACAAUAGUAGCUCUACCACCACUACCACUACUACGACAUCAUCCUGGGAUCUAAAACCGCCCAUUACUCAAUCCUCAGUUCUUAGUCAGUUUGACUUUAAAUCCCAGCCUGAACCAUCCCCAGUUCUGAGCCAGCUGACCCAGCGACAGCAACAACAAACACAGGCAGUCCCUGUUCCCCCUCCUGGGCUGGAGUCCUUCUCCUCCCAGGUAAAACUCCGUGAGCCAUCGCCAAUAGACACCUCUUCAGCUGUUAGCAAAAUGUUACAGCUCCCUACUAGAUCUAUGGAUAACCAGGCAGUGACUGCCCAUCAAAACCAGCAGAAACAGAUAAAACCACCAAAACGGAGGAUAACUCCAGCACCCAAGAUUCCUGCAGUGGAGGUGCCUGGAUCAGCAGAUGUGACAGGGUUAAACGUUCAGUUUGGAGCUCUGGAGUUUGGAUCAGAGCCUGCAAUCCCAGAGUUUGGAUCAACUUCAAGCAGUGAGAAUACCAGCCAGGCAACCAACAAUAGCUUGUACUCAAAAUCUGUAAAUGAUCCUUUGAAUACCUCUUUGCCAAUAUCCAAUACAGUACAGGAGUCCACCUACACAACCUCUGCCAUCACCUCUUCCAGUCUGACCUGCUCAUCCCGGAGCACUAGCCCAGUAACAACAACUUCCUCCUAUGACCAGGCUUCUGUGCAUAGUAGGAUAGCGUACCAAAGCACCAUGGUUCCGUCUGAAUCAACCCCUGUUGCAGUUACGAACGGGCACAGUGGUCUUAGAACACAGGCAACUCUUGACACUACUCCAUCAGUUCCAGCACCUAAGACAGAGCCUUCUCCCUCACUGCCUUCUGCUGGUUCUCUGCCUAGCGUGGCAUCCACUACUGCUUCGCUUCUCCCUUCAGCAUCACAGCACACAGCAACGUUGCCCAGCUUGCCUCAGUCCAGUGAUUUGGCCAGCAGCUCACUUUCCCAGUUAAGCAGCUCCCUUUCCAAUCAUCAGAGCAGCCUCUCUCCUGCCUCAGUGUUGUCUUCAAGCACUUCAUAUGCACACACUAGUGUUGAGAACACAACUUCGCUUCAGCCCUCAACAACCUUUUCAACUGCUUCAACCUCAGCCACUAGCACCACCUCUUCGGUUGUCAGCAUGGCAAGCAGUAUGAACACUACAGACAGCCUUGGCCUGAGCGUUGCCAGUGUGUCUAUACCAGCUGCUACCACACGGGCAGCUCCCUUAGUGUCUUCAGGCAAAGCUCCCCCAAACCUGCCCCAAGGUGUACCGCCCUUGUUGCAUAACCAGUAUAUUGUGGGACCUGGAGGACUUCUGCCUGCCUACCCAAUUUAUGGUUAUGAUGAUCUCCAGAUGCUUCAAUCUAGGCUACCGAUGGAUUACUACGGAAUUACAUUCCCUGCUCCUGCAACCUUGACGGGCAGAGAUGGGAGCCUUGCUAACAACCCGUACUCAGGUGACGUAACAAAAUUUGGCCGUGGGGAUUCUGCCUCCCCUGCUCCUGCUACCACGCUCGCCCAGCCACAGCAGAACCAGACACAGACUCACCAUACAACUCAGCAGCCCUUCCUCAACCCGACCCUGCCCCCAGGGUACAGCUACACUGGGUUACCUUAUUACGCUGGUGUGCCUGGUGUACCCAGUGCGUUCCAGUAUGGGCCAACCAUGUUUGUACCUCCAGCAUCUGCUAAGCAGCAUGGAGUCAACCUGAACACCGCGUCGACUCCUUUCCAGCAAGCGAGUGGCUACGGGCAGCACGGCUAUGGAGCAGGCUAUGAUGACUUAACGCAGGGAACAGCAGCUGGAGAUUACAGCAAAGGAGGCUACAGUGGGUCAUCUCAAGCACAAAACAAAUCUGCUGGCACUGGACCUGGGAAAGGUGUUUCUGUGACCUCAAGUAACACAGGUGUGCCUGACAUCAGUGGCUCAGUCUAUAACAAGACUCAGACGUAUGACAAGCAGGGAUUCCAUGCUGGCACGCCGCCUCCUUUCAGCCUGCCCUCUGCUCUCGGAUCGACUGGGCCCCUGAACCCUGGUGCUGCCCCGGGUUAUGCUCCAGCCCCAUUUCUCCAUAUCCUGCCUGCUCAUCAGCAGCCUCAUUCCCAGAUGCUGCAUCACCAUCUCCAGCAAGAUGGGCAGGGUGGAUCUGGCCAACGCAACCAACCCAGCACCAUGCAGCAAAAGUCUCAGGCUACCAAAACCGCCUAUGGCACUUCUCCAUACUGGACAAACUAAAUCUGAAACCAGGAGGGAGGAGAAAAUGAAAGGAGAGGAGGAGGAGGAGGAAAAAAAAAAAAAAAAAAAAAAAAAAAGGAAAAA